AAUAUAAGCUCUGAAUAUUUGCCAGGCAAUCUCUAUUUUAACAGCUGGAUGAACGAUUGAGUUAAGUAUGGAUAAUCGUUCCUUGUUUCCAAACACAGCACUACCUAAAGCAGCUCUAUUUAAAGUUUUAUCCUCUUCAUUUAAUAAGUUUGGUACCACCUCUUGAAAUGCUGCCACAAUUUGAUGAUAGGCUCUUUUACCAGGUUGGACUACUUCUCUUGCAAUCAAAUCAGCAUCCACUAUAGUUAACUUGUAUUCAUCUUUAAGAUAAUUGACAACAGUUGAUUUACCUGAGGCAAUUCCUCCUGUUAAUCCCACAAUAAGCAUGCCUAGCUGUCUAAUGAAUAUAAUCGAUGAUUCAUAUCUAUCAAUCCAUUUUUGAUGUUUUUGUGCGAGAGAUAUCAAAAUUGAAAAAAAAAAAUAUUGGUGUAAUGAAAUAUUUAUCUACAACGAUAUAACUAUCAUCAGAUGUCUAAAGUUCCAAAGGUGUUCAUCCUUGGGGCAGGGUCCAUGGGAUGCUUGGUGGGACAUGAAUUAACCCAAGCCUUUGGUAAUCAGGUUAAUCCAGUGUUAUUAUUCAGAAAUCAAGCCGUAGUUGAUUUAUAUAAUUCCCAAGGUUCAGAAAUAUCGAUAGUCAAAUCAAAGAACUCAAACAUUACAACUACUAAGACUCAUAUAGAGGCAGCAUGUAAGCCACCUAAUCAUAAUGGAAGUAAAGUCACCAUAGAUAAUUUGAUUUUAUCUACCAAGACAUAUCAAUCGAUUGCAGCAUUGGAAAAUUAUAUACCACAUUUAACCAAAGAUUCAAAUAUUUUAAUAUUGCAGAAUGGGAUGGGAGUUGCUCCGUUGUUAACGGAGAAGUUUUGGCCGUCAGGUUGGAAUAGACCUAAUAUAUUUCAAGCCGUUGCUACUCAUGGUGCUUAUAAAACAGCCCUAAAUGUGAUUCAUUUUGCAGCUCCAGGCAAAAUGUCUAUUUCUUAUAUACCUAAACCAACAGAUAAGAAAGAUACUGAAGUUGUGAUUCCUGAUUUCAUUGAUCAAAUCUUACAGACUCCAUCUUUAAAUACUACUUAUGAGAAGUAUGAGAAUUUCCUUUUAAUUCAAAUGGAGAAAUUAGUAGUUAAUGCAACUAUUAAUCCUAUAACUGCUUUAUUGGAUUGUUUUAACGGUGAUCUUCUUUAUGCUGAUAGAAUAAGUGCUUUACUGAAAAGGAUUAUCAAAGAAGCAGUCAAUUGUUUCUUUGCUGAGUAUAAGAUUUUAGCAACCAUUCCUGAUGCUCAUGCAUAUUUAUCCCCCGAUAGAUUGUUAGAUGUGGUACUUACUAUGUGUAAGACUACAGCUCAAAAUAGUUCAUCGAUGAGAGAAGAUGUUAGACAUUUAAAUGAUACUGAAAUCGAUUAUAUCAACGGUUACAUUGUUAAAUUAGGUAAAAAGCAUGAUCUUAGCGUAACUACCAAUAUGAAUAUUGUUGAUUUAGUUAAGAAUAAAUUAGCUAUAGAUAGAGCUGUUGAAAGACAAGCAGCAAAAUUAGUCAUUAAACCAUAGAGGACUCUUUCUUGU